UGUUCGCCGCUUUCUCUCUCUCUCUCUAUUUCUCUAGUCUGUUCUUUGCUUGCUCCUCCGUCGCAUUUUCCUCUGCAGCUUCAGCUUCGGAAAAUUCACCAUAGCCAUUUUUGUGUCGCGGUCGAUAAAAUUAUCAUUACAAGGUCAAUCUCGUAACUCUGUUUAUUUCGUUUCUAUUUUUCACCGCUUUUUUGGUUUUUCUGUUUUUCCCCCUUUGAGAAAUACGUGGGGUUGGUAUUGGCAGGGCGUGGUGGUGGGGAUUUUUCUGUUCGGUGGAAAAGGAAAGGGGAACGGGAAGGGGAUUCUUGAGAUUUCUCGCCGCUUUAGGAAGAAUCGAGAAGGAAGAAAGAAUGACGAGACCGCUGCUGCUGCCGCUGCCGGCGAUGCAAUUCGUCGGGCUCGCCGGCGGGUGGUGGAACGAGAUCAACGAGUCGGCUCAGUGGCAGGACGGGAUUUUCUACACUCUCUCCGGCGCUUUUGCCCUCGUCUCGCUGAUUGCCUUGAUUCAAUUAAUUAGGAUCGAAUUGAGAGUGCCGGAGUAUGGCUGGACCACGCAGAAAGUCUUCCACCUUAUGAACUUCAUCGUUAAUGGAGUACGAGCUCUGGUGUUUGGAUUUCACAUGCAUGUGUUCGGUUUGCAUCCCAAGGUCUUAACGUCGCUAGCACUGGAUCUACCGGGGCUUCUGUUCUUCUCUACGUACACCCUGCUUGUUCUAUUUUGGGCUGAGAUAUAUCACCAGGCAAGGAGUUUGCCAACAGAUAAGCUCAGGGUUUUCUACAUUUCCAUAAAUGCCGUAAUAUACUGUAUACAGGCUGUCAUCUGGGUUUACCUGUGGGUUAAUGACAACAGUGUCGUGGAGUUGAUUGGGAAGAUAUUUAUUGCAGUGGUAUCGAUUAUUGCUGCUUUAGGGUUUCUGCUGUAUGGAGGAAGACUCUUCUUCAUGCUCAGGCGCUUCCCAAUUGAAUCGAAAGGGAGAAGGAAGAAGCUUCACGAGGUCUGAGAAAUAGUUACAUUCAUAUUUGCUGGCUUGCAGGUUGGAUCAGUCACAGCGAUUUGCUUCACUUGCUUCCUUAUCAGAUGCUUUGUGGUAAAAUAUCAACUUCCAUCUGACUUCAGUGCUAUUAUGAUCCCUGUCCUUCUAUCUGCUUUCGACGCAGACGCUUCCUUGUAUGUUCUGGAUCAUCCCGUCUUGAACUUGAUCUACUACACGUUGGUUGAGAUUCUGCCAUCAGCUCUGGUACUUUUCAUCCUCCGAAAGCUGCCUCCGAAGAGAGUGUCAGCGCAGUAUCAUCCGAUACGCUAGUCGCUUUUUCCAUGGUUUUCCGUAUGUUGAAUCUCCCACACAGCCUUCAUUCAAAGCCCCUUUUCAUCUUUUGGAAGUGAUGUCGGGUCAAAGGCAAGUGGUGCAGCAGUAGCAGUUCUUAAGAAGCAACCCAGAUUUCCUUGUUACUGUAGGAAUAGGCCCAUAAUGGCGGCGGUGAAUGUUUGUAAGCGUUUGUCCACACUGCCGGCGUUUGGGUUGUUGAAGGGAAGAAGCUUCCUUUUCUUUUUUUCUCCCCCCCUUUUCUAUUUCUUUUUGUUGCCCUUUUCUUUGUUUCUGCCAAGGACUCUGUAUGCAGUGGAAACAGAAUUCUGUAGAAGAAAAAGUAUUUAGUAGGUUCCUGGUAUUAGGGCUUUUGUUUUGUGUUAGUUUCUGAGUGCGUGGUGGACUUUGAACAUGUCCUGGAUGGCGGUUUGGUUUGUCGAGUUCGGAUCGUGUUCAGGUUCGUUAAUUGGUGAAUCCAUGGAUGUGUUUAAUAAAUUGGCCUCACAUUCUUGCAUUGAGAUCCAAACGGGAGAAAUAGAAGCUACAAUUGCCAAAUCGUUGAUUACUUGCUCGUUUCCUUGGUGUUUAUUCUUGGACAUUGUGGUUUUGUAAUUUGUUCAGUUG